UCGUUACUUUUAUUAUGCAGGCAGCGCUCGUGCGUAAGAGCAACGGGCGCGUGCGUCAAGAGGAAGAGCCGAAUGUCUCUCCAAAAUGGCGACGACCAUAGAGAGUGGCAAUGCAGGAGCUGCAAAUAAGAAAAAACACCUCGGAAUCCCCGAAGCAAUAUUUGUGGAAGAUGUGGAUGCCUUCAUGAAGCAGCCGGGCAAUGACACAGCAGACGCCGUGCUGAGGAAGCUGGAUGAACAAUAUCAGAAAUAUAAAUAUAUGGAGCUCAAUCUGGCUCAGAAGAAACUCAGGUUGAAAAGCCAGAUUCCACAAAUCAAGCAGACGUUAGAAAUUCUACGGCACAUGCAGAAAAAGAAAGAAACUACUGAUCCCAUGGAGACACAUUUUCUGUUGGCUGAUAAUGUCUAUUGCAAGGCCUCUGUCCCACCCACAGAUAAAGUGUGUUUGUGGCUUGGGGCUAAUGUCAUGCUGGAGUAUGAUAUUGAUGAGGCUCAGGCGUUGUUGGAAAAAAACCUGGCUACAGCUUCCCGUAAUUUGGACUCUCUGGAAGAGGACCUGGAUUUCCUCAGAGACCAGUUCACAACCACUGAAGUCAAUAUGGCACGUGUUUACAAUUGGGAUGUCAAGAGAAGGAGCAAAGAUAACCUCCUCAAAUCUGCUGAGCGGUCCUAGAAAAGGAGGCCUAGUUUGGUCACACCCCACCCGAAUUCCUUCCUCAUCAGAAAAUUCACCCCCAUGUAUCUGUUUGCACCAACACCAACUGUUAUCUAUUGAUUUAUUACUUUUUAAAGUAUUUUUUCAAGUAAAAAGGUGAAAAACAUCAAACAAAAGUAAUAAUGGUAGUUUUCUUGUUUUCUUUUUUAUGAUGAUUAUUAGCGGUUUCAGAUUGGGGUUCUCUCCACAGGGUCUACAGAUUUGUUUUCCUCUGUGCCCUUUUUCCUUUUCAUUUGUUGUUUGGUAAACAUUUGCAUUUUCAGUUCUGUUAAAGCUAAACUGUAAAGCUCAA